AUGGUCUCCGUGGCCGAAUCACAGGUGCCGUCUCGCCAGCUCGCCGCCGGCGACAAGUCCGGCAGGAUGCAGCGGCAGCCCGGCCGCUCCAUGCGAACCUUCCGGCCCAACCUCUUCCGUGCCGAGGCGCACUCCUGCAGCUUCGACGGGAGCGAGGCCUUCGCCUCUCCGGCGGGAGGGAGGUCAACUUCCGCCUCGGUCUCCGAGAACCUCACCGACUCGGUCGUCGACUUCCGCCUGCGGGAGCUCGCCGGGAAGAUGGCGUCGUCCUCCAAUCCGGGGUUGGGGAUAGCGUCUGAGCUUCUGGAGCUCUCCCAGGACUUCUCCGACGUCUCCAGUUUCAAUAGCGACAUUUCCGGGGAGCUGCAGCGGCUUGCUUCCCUCGGCGUCGCCAGCCCGCAGCGGGAAGGCGGCGCCGGCGCGGCUCGCGAGGAUCCUGAGAUGAGUCGCGUGCGCCGCCGGCAGAGAGAGGGCAGCAGCGGUGCGGCCGUCCCUUCGUUCACGUCCGGCGAGAUAUGCGACAAGGUCGUGGCGCUGGAGGAGCUGGAGCUGGCGGUGCGGUCCUGCGUGGAGACUCUGGAGAGCUCCUCCUCUUCCUCCUCACUCGAGUCCAAGUGCUCGGCGGCCGGCAAGCUCCGGCUGCUGGCGAAGCACCGGUCGGACUUCCGCGCGGUGAUCGGGGGCUGCCCCGGGGCGAUCUCCUCACUCGUCGGCCUCCUCCGCAGCGCCGACCCGGCGACGCAGGAGAACGCCGCGACGGCGCUGCUGAACCUCUCUCUGGAGGAGUCCAACCAGGCUCGCAUAACGGCGGCGGGGGCCAUCAAGCCCCUGGUGUACGCCCUGAAGACGGGCACCGAGGCGGCGAAGCAGAACGCCGCCUGCGCCCUGCUCAGCCUGUCCAUGAUCGAGGACAACCGGGCGACCAUCGGCGCCUGCGGGGCCAUCCCCCCGCUGGUCUCCCUCCUGCUCCACGGGUCCAGCCGCGGGAAGAAGGACUCACUGACGACUCUCUACAAGCUCUGCACCACCCAACAGAACAAGGAGCGAGCGGUGACCGCCGGAGCGGUGCGCCCCCUGGUGGAGCUCGUGGUGGACCACGGAGCCGGUACGACGGAGAAGGCCAUGGUGGUGCUCAACAGCUUGGCCGGCAUCCCCGAGGGGCGGGAGGCCAUCGUCGAUGAAGGCGGCAUCCCGGCGCUCGUGGAGGCCAUCGAAGACGGGUCCGUCAAGGGGAAGGAGUUCGCCGUGGCGGCGCUCCUGCAACUCUGCUCCGAUUGCACCGCCAACCGCCACCUGCUGGUGCGCGAGGGGGCUAUCCCCCCCCUCGUCGCGCUGUCCCAGUGCGGCACCGCUCGCGCCAAGCACAAGGUAAAGCCUGACAGUCUUUCCGCCGCCGACCCCUUUCUUCUUCGCGCCCCCGCCGCUGCCAUUAACACUCCCUUCCUGUCUGUCUCAGGCGGAGACCCUUCUGGCGUACCUGCGCGAGCUUCGCCACGAAGGCACCCCCCCGGCGAUCUCCCCUGCUACGCCGACCCGUCCGCGCUGA